ACGAAACAAAAAUGGGGUUAGGGCUGUUGGCUUCAAGGGCAAUGAGACCCCUCAAAUCUUCCAAUUUCAGAAUGUGUGCGCGCUAUAUUGUCACUAAACCUGAACUCCAGUCACCGGAAUCUGCGGCGGCCGAAGCCCCUGCCCAACCUGAUCUCCCGCCGCGAACCCCCGUUGGCGGGGCUCGGAUUCACUUCCCCAAUCCUGAAGAUGCGAUCGAGGUGUUCGUUGAUGGGUAUCCGGUCAAAAUCCCCAAGGGCUUCACUGUUUUACAAGCUUGUGAAGUCGCCGGCGUUGAUAUUCCCAGAUUUUGUUACCACAGUAGACUAUCGAUUGCUGGAAAUUGCCGCAUGUGUCUCGUUGAGGUCGAGAAAUCGCCCAAGCCUGUUGCUUCUUGCGCCAUGCCUGCUCUUCCGGGGAUGAAAAUUAAGACGGACACACCUAUCGCUAAGAAGGCACGGGAAGGGGUGAUGGAAUUUUUGUUGAUGAAUCAUCCUUUGGAUUGUCCAAUUUGUGACCAGGGUGGAGAAUGUGAUCUCCAAGAUCAGUCUAUGGCCUUUGGAUCUGAUCGCGGCCGGUUCACUGAAAUGAAAAGGUCUGUAGUUGAUAAGAAUCUGGGACCCUUGGUGAAGACUGUCAUGACUCGGUGUAUCCAGUGUACAAGGUGUGUCAGGUUUGCAACAGAGGUUGCUGGAGUUCAAGAUCUUGGCAUGUUAGGCCGUGGCAGUGGAGAGGAGAUUGGAACUUAUGUGGAAAAACUUAUGACAAGUGAACUCUCUGGAAAUGUGAUAGAUAUCUGUCCUGUGGGAGCCCUUACUUCAAAACCUUUUGCAUUCAAAGCUCGAAAUUGGGAGUUAAAGGGAACAGAGAGCAUUGAUGUUACUGAUGCUGUUGGAUCUAACAUUAGAAUUGAUAGCAGAGGUCCAGAGGUUUUGCGCAUUACUCCACGGUUAAAUGAGGACAUAAAUGAAGAGUGGAUAUCAGACAAAACUCGUUUCUGUUAUGAUGGUCUGAAGAGGCAGAGGCUAAAUGAUCCAAUGAUUCGUGGUGCUGAUGGGCGUUUUAAGGCUAUGAGCUGGCGGGAUGCCUUAGCUGUGGUUGCCGAGGUCGCACAUCAAGUUAAACCAGAGGAAAUUGUUGGGAUCGCUGGUAAGCUGUCUGAUGCAGAGUCCAUGAUGGCACUAAAAGAUUUCUUAAACAAAAUGGGGUCAAAUAAUGUAUGGUGCGAAGGAAAUGGCAUGCAAACCAGUGCUGAUCUGCGGUCAGGAUACAUUAUGAAUACUAGCAUCAGUGGUCUUGAAAAGGCAGAUCUGUUUCUUUUGGUUGGUACACAGCCGCGGGUAGAAGCUGCUAUGGUAAAUGCCAGAAUCCGCAAGACAGUCCGAGCAACAAAUGCUAAGGUUGGUUACAUUGGUCCUGAAACAGAUUUCAAUUACGAUCACCAGCAUCUUGGCACGGGCCCAAACACACUAGUUGAAAUUGCUGAAGGUCGUCACCCCUUUAGCUCCGCCAUAUCAAAUGCCAAAAACCCAGUUAUUAUUGUUGGUGCUGGGCUUUUUGAGAGGGACGAUAAAGAUGCUAUUUUCUCUGCUGUUGAAACAAUUGCGAAAAAUGGGAAUGUCAUUAGGCCUGACUGGAAUGGGCUAAAUGUAUUACUUCUGAAUGCUGCUCAAGCUGCGGCCCUUGAUCUUGGACUUGUGCCCGAGUCCAGCAACUGUGUUGAGUCUGCAAAGUUUGUGUACCUCAUGGGUGCUGAUGAUGUCAACUUGGACAAGGUUCCCAACGAUGCCUUUGUUGUUUAUCAGGGCCAUCAUGGUGACAGUGGCGUGUAUCGUGCCAAUGUCAUUCUUCCAGCUGCGGCAUUUAGUGAGAAGGAGGGCACGUACGAAAAUACAGAAGGUUGCUCUCAACAAACAUUCCCUGCAGUUCCAACUGUUGGUGAUGCCAGGGAUGAUUGGAAGAUAAUUCGGGCACUGUCUGAGGUGGCCGGAAGGAGAUUGCCAUAUGAUACAGUUGGAGCCAUCCGAUCUCGGAUCAGGACAGUGGCACCAAACCUCUUGCAUAUGGACGAGAGAGAGCCAGCUACAUUUGGGCCUUCGUUGAAGCCCAAGUGCACCCAAAAGAUGAGUUCGACCCCAUUCAGUAGCGCAAUUGAGAAUUUCUACAUGACUGAUGCUAUAACUAGAGCAUCAAAAAUCAUGGCCCAAUGCAGUGCAAUGCUACUGAAGAAGUGAAUGUUUGGAUUUUCAUUUAUCUAAUAAGGUGCAGAUUCACUUGUUUUUUUCUUUGGGGCUGCAGUCUAAGCUGUGUAUUUGUUAAACUACUGGAAAGCACUUCCAAUAAAGUAAAUUAGACAUUGUUGGGUUUUGUAAUUUGUCCUACAAUGUAAAGGCAUUUUAAUGUACAACUUUGCUGCAUAAAUUUUUU